GUUCACGUAUUACGUGAGCCAUUGAGACAUUCUUGGCAUUGCUCCAUCAUGUUUAACUACAAAGUCAAUUUUCUGCUCACCAAUAUCAAUGUUGUUAUUGUGCCCUUGACUCAAUUCAUUAUUACGUUUAGCAUUAUCGCCGAGCAUAUUGAUGGUUUCAUUACUUAUUCCAGGGCGCGUAAUGUACUUUCUCCCAAACUUUCCGAAGUGUUCGCUUCCGACCCAUCAGGCCAAACCACGGCUUGCAGCACAAUUGAAGAGGGUGCCUCCAGGCUAUCUCAGAUGCUACUUAACGUAGUGUCUAAUAGUACUGACUUGCAAUCGCAGGCCGAAAAAGCAUACAUCUCCUUCCUGCGUGCCUACGCUAGCUUCUCGGGUCAGAUGCGUGAAUGGUUUUGCUUCAAGCGCCUCCACUUAGGCCAUAUGGCGCACGCAUUUUGUCUGAAUGAUACUCCUUCUGACGUCGCCGCUCGAGUAACUGGCAAAUCAAAGGGAGUUGGGAAAGCGAAACAAGUUGUGAACAAGUCUACUAAUCAAGUCGACAUGGCCAACUCGAAAUCAUCUAAAAGAAAACCACCUCAAUUGGAAUUAGAUCCUGACGAAAUAGAGCACAUGAAGACAAAAAAGUCGAAGACAUUGGUCAAACCAGCUGAUAUGGCCAGAAGAAAUAUGCUAGCUGAAUACGGCCUUUGA